AUGGACAUUCCUUCGUUGUUGGAUUUUAAUCGAAUACAUGAGGGUGGAGAUGGUGUGGGAUCUACUCCACUUACGGCGGCAACAACAUUCUUCAAUGCAUUCCAAGUAUUAUCAGGUAACUGCACGAGCGAUGGACCGGUUAACGUUCACCCACUAGGCAUGAUUGGGGAUGUGAUGAUGGCAUUGUGUAUGGUUGCUAUUUCUCGGCAUUUCUACCAUUUCGUUCUGGACACGUGGCCUUCAUGGGCAAUGAAAUUUUUCUCAAGAUGUUUCUCUACAAAUCGUUCAAAGAAUGCCGCUGUUGUUGAUGUGUUUUCGCAGCAACCGGAGGAGUAUGCCUUUGACAAUGAACUGUUGGUUCACGCAAUGGAGCGGUAUGUGGCGCACCUCAUCUCUCUUCCGGGUGAUGGUGAGAAAACACAACAGGCAGACACACACAAUAGUGACGUUGUGGCUGCUACUUCUUCUUCAUCUGCUACUACUACUACUACUACUACUACUACUAAUAAUAAUAAUAAUAAUAAUAAUAAUAAUAAUAAUAAUAAUAAUAAUAAUAAUAAUAAUAAUAAUAGUGUUGGGGAUAAUAGAGAUGGAGCGAGGCGUCUAAACUUGCAUCAGCUGCGCGCGGCGGAGUUCCGCUAUGUGCCGAUCACGUCGCUGGAGGGUGUGUGCCGCAGCGGCCUGGCGAGUACACUGCGGCGGUACUUCCGUCUUGUGUUGGUCCCCGCUGAUGGACACACCGUGGAGGUGGAGCCUGGACUAACUGUGUGUUUCCAGCAGCAGAGAGUGUCGGGGGCGAUACUUGGAGCAAAUAAAGUUAUCUCACGACGCCAGGAGGAUCAACAGCAAGAACGAGAAGAGGAAGAUUAUCAGGAACAACUUAUGAAGGAAUUUAUCCCGAUUAACUUUGAUACUAAACGUGUUAAGCUUGCAUUGUCGUCAUCAAGUAGUAAGAAAAGCGAUGAUGAAAGCGAAGAAUCUGAAAGUACUUACAACAACGAAAAAAGUUUUGAUUAUGAAGACAUGGAUAUUGUGAAUCCCAUAGGGGCCCCGGGAAAAAAAGUACAACAGUAUCUGGUGCGACAGGCUGUAUUACAGUGUACAGACUGUAAAAGUGGAAAGGAACGAAUUAUGAAUUUUGCCAGACGUGCGUAUGCCUGGUACUAUCCUACAGUGGCACAGACAGUUGAACGGUACUACUUCUAUCCUGCUAACUCGGAGUUGGAGGAAGCGAUGAAAAGUACAGAAUAUGUACCAAAUGAAGUUAGUCAAAGACUUCACAUGCGACGUUCUUUGCUUUCACAUAGCAGGAAUAGUUUUCAUACACUUUUUUUUCGUGAGAAGACGCAUCUUAUUCAAACUAUUAGUGAGUUCAAGGAUAAAAAAGGGAAAUUUGCGGUACCAGGAGUACCACAACAGUUGGUAAUACUCUUACAUGGUCCACCAGGAACAGGAAAGACCAGUGUUGUACGCAGUGUAGCGGCAUUCCUCAAUCGACAUAUUGUUGCAAUCCCUAUUGAAUUUAUUCAAACAAAUGGUGCACUACAGGAACUUCUCAGUGGUGGUACAACAAUGCUUCAUGGUGAAACAUGUGUUGGAUCUGAUGAAGAAGAAGAAUGGAGUAAUUAUUUUUCAGAUCUAGAUCGAAAACCAAUGUGCUUCGAUCUUUCGGCUGAUCAGGUUGUAUAUGUGUUUGAAGAUGUUGAUGUGGUGGCUGACAUGGUUUCGUUUCAAGUAACAGCUGAAGAGCGCAAAGAGAUUUCCAGAAAAUUCAUAAAUGCAGAAAAUGAAAAAGUUCAAAGUGAAGAAAAAACUACAAGUAAUAGUAGUAGUAGUAGUAGUAGUAGUAGUACUACAGAUAUAAAGAAAGGUUCUUCCGCAGUUGCCGUUAGUGACGAGGCAAAGGAAGAAAAAAGUACUCAGGAGGAAAAAAGUACUCGGGAAGAAAAAAGUGCUCAGGAGGAAAAAAGUACUCAGGAGGAAAAAAGUAAACAGAGUGAAGAGAGUUAUGGAAGUUCUAGUGAUCAGGUGAAACAAUUGCGUUCCUACCAGAAACUCUUCGCAACUGAUUUUCUUUCUCCAGAGGGACUACUACGUGCUGUGGAAGCCAAUUUUGCACCACCCGGACGUGUUAUUAUCUUUACUACAAAUCAUGUGGAACGAUUGCCUGACGUUCUAUGGAGGCCUGGUCUCUUGACAUUAUCUCUUCACAUGGAUAUACUAAACGCAGAGACAGCAAUGCAGCUUGUCACACACUACUACAGUGAUUCUUUCACUCCAGAACUACAGAGGCGUUUUGAGGAAUUGUUUGCACAUUUUGAGGCUGAGGGAUCAACAAGUGUUAUGACCCCCGCAUGGCUGCAACAAAUUAUACUGAACUGUGAUAAUCUAGAGGAGGUAUUGCAGGAACUGGAAUCUCGACGGUAA